UCAUCCAUCCAGCACGAUCCCUCACCAAUACGAUCGUACGCACAGCUAAAAGAUCAACGCAACCCUCGCAAAAGAAACCUCCGCACGUCUUCAGUUACCAAACGCCACACGCACGAACAGCACUCGAGUUGCGUAAAACGCGCAGCCAUCUUCACGAAACACUGUCCGUGGUGUUUAAAUGUCGUGGCAUUUACUGCAAUCUUAGCGGGGAAAAAGUAACACAGGAUGGACGCAGCGAGUGAAGCUACUGAAACGACCGCAGUCCGUAGUCGGAAGGCACAGAAAAAGCAACAGAAACGAUCGACAUCGAUGGAGACGGAUGGGAACGAAAGACUUCAUCGCCCGUCAGCAAGCGACGAACCCGAGAAGUGUUUGAACGAAACCAAACCCAAAAAAAGCAGCAGCAGUGUUGAGGGGUAUGCAAUUUUCGAGGAAGUGGACGAUCGAUUUAGCUUCGCCAUUCGGCUGGAGUUUAAUGCAGCGACGGUGGGACUGUUUUUGCUCUCGUUCCUAACGCGCUUCUAUCGGAUCACCCAUCCGAGGGGUGUUGUCUUCGACGAGAUUCAUUUCGGCAAGUUCGUGUCGCUGUACCUCAAAAACACCUUCUACUUUGAUCAACAUCCACCGCUCGGGAAGCUGCUGAUUGCUGGCGCUGCUGGAGCCGUCGGAUAUAGUGGAAGCUUUGAGUUUCCAAAGAUUGGCAGCGAAUAUGAUGCGUCUGUUCCCAUCCUCGCAUUGCGCUUCGUUCCGGCUCUAUGUGGCAGUUUGCUCGCCCCCGUCGUCUAUUCCAUCCUGCGACAGGUUAAGCUCGGCCAAGGUGUAAGCAUUCUUGGAGGACUUCUCAUCAUCCUAGAUAAUGCUCUCCUGACUCACUCUCGCUUUAUCCUGAUGGAAUCGGUGCUGCUGUUCUUCGCAGCCCUUGGCAUACUGACCGUGCUCAAGUUCCUGCAGGCCGAACCGUUCUCCGUCCGCUGGUGGUCGAUGGGAACGAUCGCAGCCGGUUCGCUAACCGCCGCUGUGUGCGUGAAGUUUGUUGGCUUCUACAGCUACCUGCUGGCGAUGUACAUCAUCGGACGACACAUCUGGAUGGAGCUGCCCGAUCGUCGCAAAUCGAACGCAUACAUCCUGUUCAAAGUGAUCGCUAAAGCCAUCCUGAUAGUGAGCGUAUCGGUCGCCGUAUAUGUCGGAUGUUUCUAUCUCCACUUUGCCACACUGUACAAAGCGGGACCGCACGAUAAUGUGAUGACGAGCGCGUUCCAGGCAUCGCUUGAGGGUGGCCUAGCAUCGAUCACCAAGGGACAACCGUUGCGCGUUCAACAUGGCUCACAGAUCACGCUCAAGCACACGCACGGCCGUGUUUGUUGGCUGCACUCGCACACACACGUGUACCCAAUCAAGUACAAAGAUGGACGUGGGUCGAGUCACCAGCAGCAGGUAACGUGCUACGGAUUUAAGGACGUCAACAACUGGUGGAUUGUGAAGCGACCCAACAAAGACAGCCUGAUGGUGGACGACGAACCGGACUACAUAGAGCAUGGCGAUGUCAUCCAGCUGGUGCAUGGUGUGACAAGCCGCGCCCUUAACUCACACGAUGUUGCGUCAGCUAUGUCCCCUCUCUGCCAGGAAGUGUCCUGCUACAUCGACUACAACAUCUCGAUGCCGGGUAACCUGCUGUGGCGUGUGGAGAUCCUGAACGGUAAAGAAUCCAAGAACAAGUGGCAUGCGAUCACGUCCCAGGUGCGGCUGGUGCACGUCAACACGACAGCCGCUCUGAAGUACACCGGAGAGCAGCUGCCGGACUGGGGCUUCAACCAGUUUGAAGUGGCGGCCGAUCGUCGUCAGCAAACCAUCGACACUAUUUGGAACGUCGAGGAACACCGAUACACGCAGCACAAGGACAAGAAGGACGUACUGAACAAGCUGCUCGCGACCGAGAUGAUCCCCACCGAACCUACGAGACUGUCCUUCUGGAACAAGUUCUCCGAGUUGCAGCUAAAGAUGCUGCUGCACGCGGACAAGCUCGAAAGCCACAUGUACUCCUCAGAACCGCACGAGUGGCCACUGAUGGAUAAAGGCAUCGCUUACUGGAUCGAUAGCGAAUCGAACGCGCAGAUUCAUCUGCUCGGGAACCUCGUCAUCUGGUACUCGGCGACUCUUGCCAUCCUGAUGUACGUCGGGUUCCUGGUGUUCUACCUCAUCCGUCGACGGCGCGAGAUGUACGAUCUGGAACCGGUCGAGUGGGAUCGAUUCCGGUUGGGUGGUGAGAUAUUCCUGGCUGGAUAUCUUAUCCACUACCUGCCGUACUUCUUCGUCGAACGAACACUCUUCCUGUACAACUAUCUGCCGGCGCUGCUGUUCAAGGUGAUGCUGCUCUGCUUCGUGCUUGACCACUGCCAACUGGCCCUCAGGAAGUUUGUCAAGCAACCGGCGUUGGUGGUGGGAAUCUUCCGCGCGAUAGUUGUCGCAUGGUUUGCCGGAGUGAUCUACUUCUUCCAGCGGUUCAGCGUACUCAGCUACGGAACUACGGCUCUGUCUGCUGAUGAUGUACUCGAGCUGCGCCUCAAGGAUACCUGGGAUCUGAUCGUACACAAGCCUUAGGCGUAUGGAACAGCAGGAAUGAAACGUUAGUUGUUAGUUUGCUAGAAAUACUCAAUUUUCUUGAAGAAAAUACAUUGUUACCUUCAUCUUUUAA